AUUGAAAGGGCUCCGAUGAGAGCAAAGGCCAAGGAAGGAAGGAAAGAAAAGAUGAUGGAGAUGAAGAAGGUCAUGGUUGCGGUGUUGAUUGUGUGUACGAUUUCUUCCAAUUUGGAGACUGCUGAGGCUUCUGUAUACGAUUGCAUGGAUGCAUGCACCACCGCCUGUGUCCAACCCAACACCAGGCUUAUGCAGAGGUGUGAGCGCAAGUGCGAUAUCAGAUGCAAUCAAGAUCUGAAAACUGAAGAGCCUGCUGUUUGAGUCUUCCAAGCAAGCAAAGAGGUCGUUGAUAUCCAAGGACUAGCAUCAAUUUUACAAAGAUAUCAUGUAAUAAUGUAACGUCUUAAAUGAAGAAAUAAAAUAGAGAGACUAUGAUUUGCAACC